AUGGGAGUCUUGGGAUCUAUAUUUGUGUACUUUCCGUUGUUCUUAGUGUUGUAUAUAUUAAUAGAGCAUCUUCUUCACAAGAUUAGGAAUCUCCCGCCCACACCUUUCCCUUUACUUCCCAUCAUCGGCCAUCUCCAUCUCUUGAAGAAACCCAUCUAUCGGACUUUGGCGAAGAUCUCAAACCACUACGGUCCAGUUGUGUAUUUUCGGUUUGGCUCACGCAAAGUUCUUGUGGUGUCGUCUUCUUUCGCUGCUGAAGAAUGUCUAACCAAGAACGAUGUUGUGUUUGCGAAUCGACCUCGUCUCAUCAUAUCCAAGUGGUUUGGAUACAACAAUACGAACCUCAUAUGGUCUUCCUAUGGGGACCACUGGCGUAAUCUUCGUCGAAUCUCCACUAUUGAAAUUUUGUCCACCCAUCGCCUUCAAAUGUUCUCAUCGGUCCGUCUCGAAGAGGUCAAGUCUUUGAUUCGAAGACUUGCAAAUGAUGAGAACCAAAUUCAUAACAUGAAGAAUGAGUUUUUUGAUCUAACGUAUAAUAUGAUGUUGCGAAUGCUCGUCGGAAAGCGGUAUUACGGUGAGGAUGUGGACGAUGUAGAUGAGGCAAAGAUAUUUAGACAAUUGCAAAUCGAUUUGGGUCAAUUGGGUGGCAAGUCCAUUUUACAAGAUUUUAUCCCACUCGUGUCGUGGAUGGGAUUUGGUUCGACUUUAGAAAAUAAGAUAAUUGAAUGUCAUGUGAAAAGAGACACUUUUAUGCAAAAUUUGAUUGAUCAACAUAAGAAAAGAAACUUUGAUCAAAACAAUUCUAAUAAAAUAUAUCAAGAUGGAAGAAGGAAGACGAUGAUUGAAGUAUUAUUAGAACUACAACAGUACGAACCUGACCAAUAUACUGACGAAACUAUUAGAGCCUUAAUGUUGAUUUUGCUGGCUGCAGGUACAGAAACAUCAGUUGUCACAAUGGAAUGGGCUCUAUCACUUAUGUUGAACCAUCCCGAAUUUUUAAAGAAACUUCAAAACGAAAUUGACAGUCAAGUUGGCCACGACCGUUUGAUUGAUGAGUCUGACAUGGCUAACCUUCCUAGCCUACGUGGCAUCAUCAACGAGACCUUUCGAAUGUAUCCUCCGGCUCCAUUAAUGGUACCACAUGAAUCAUCAAAAGACUGUAUUGUUGGAGGGUAUCAUAUCCCACGUGGCACUAUUUUGUACGUGAAUUUAUGGGCCAUUCACAACGACCCUAAGAUAUGGGACAACCCAAGAAAGUUCAAUCCAAAUAGGUUUGAGAGUUUGGAAAGUGAAAAAUUCGGGUUCAAUCUAAUGCCAUUCGGGUCGGGUAGAAGAGGGUGUCCAGGAGAAGGAUUAGGCCUUCGAGUUAUUGGGCUUGUAUUGGGCUCAUUAGUCCAAUGUUUUGAAUGGGAGCGUCCUGGGGAGGAGUUGGUGGAUAUGACUGAAGGCAUUGCACUCACUAUGCCUAAGGCUCAUUGCUUGCAAGCUAAAUGUACGCCUCGACCCAUUGUUCACCGUCUUCAUCUAUCUCAUAAAAUAUCCAACCCAUGA